GCGUCUACGUACCUACCUUUUUAUUUAAUAUGACUGUGUUGGUGUGAUUCUGAUUGAUCAGCUGUAUAUUUGAUCCUCUUCUGUACCUAGUUAAUACUUUCUUUUCUUUUCUUGUACCUACAUUAGUAGGUAGUUAUCCGCCUAAGUUAGGUAUUGUAUUAUUAUGGUAGUGUGUCUACUGUGAAUAAUAAUAAAAUUCAUUUUUCUGUAUUCAAUAUUUAGUUGACGUUUCAUUUUUUGUCUUACUCAUUACAUGGGAGUUUGAUUUUAAUAAAUAACAAUGGAAACAUAUGAAAGUGUUUUACUUGUUAAGAAUGAAGUGUUUGUGUUCAAAAUACCGCCCAGGACCUCCAAUAGAGGGUACAGGGCUGCAGAUUGGAAUUUACAGGAGCCCCAGUGGACGGGUCGUAUGAGGCUUGUGGCUAAGGGAGAAGAAUUAAUAAUGAAGUUAGAAGACAAAACAUCAGGAGAGUUGUUUGCUAAAUGUCCUAUAGAUAAAUAUCCUGGAGUGGCCCUGGAAGCUGUGACGGAUAGCUCACGUUAUUUUGUGGUCAGAAUUCAAGAUGAUAAUGGAAGAAGUGCUUAUAUAGGGUUAGGAUUUGGGGACAGAUCAGACUCAUUUGAUCUUAAUGUUGCUCUACAAGACCACUUCAAAUGGCUGCGGAAAGAGCAAGAAGGCGAGCAGACACCUCAGCAACAGCUUGAUCUUGGUUUUAAAGAAGGUGAAACAAUAAAGAUAAAUAUGAAAAUAACGAAGAAGGAUGGAAGUGAGGGCAGCAAGCCACGACGUGGUGGAGGAGUUGGCGGGGGAGGUGGACUGUUGCCACCACCACCAGGAGGAUCCCGGCUUCCCCCACCUCCAUCGCCUCAGCAUGCCCCAUCACCCUCUGCUAUAGUUCCUGGAUCAGCUAAUUCAGAUUGGGGUGAUUUUAAUUCUGCAAGUACCCCAAAUCAACAGCAGCAACAGCAGCCCAUCACGCCAGCUAAUCAACAAAAUUGGGUGCAGUUCUGAAAAUUGUAUAGCAGCUUUGUAAUUGUGAUUUGGUUUCUAAAAUCAGUUGAGUGUCAGUGUGUGCACAUUACUUAUACAGAUACACUUGUUGUUAUGAGUAGGAAUCAGCAGCUUGCAUUCACUAUCGCUAAAUAUGUGAUGGUAUGAUUAAUUUUUGUUCAUUGUGUGAGGUUAGUAUGUACUAAUCAGAGAUUCUCAAAGUGUGUGCCCUGUGGUACUGGUACAAUAAAGAUGGCCACUUUAAGGUUAUCAGUUAAAUUUUAUUAAUUCUAAACAGAUUUGGUUAAUUCUUCUUGCAGUCAUCUACUGGCAUGAUAAUGAUAUGCUGAUUUACUUCUUCUUGGUUUCAUAUGAAUUGUGUUGAUUGAUGUUAAUUUUUUUUGUAGUUCAAAAUUGUAUGUACACAUAUUAUAGAGGUUAAUGUCUAAGUGCAAUGCGAAUUGAAACACUUUGGGAACCCCUGGUAAAGUGUUAAAUUGUAGAUACCAGAUCACAAUCACUUUAAAAAUUAUGCAAUAAUAUUUAUCAUCGAUGUAACAUUUAUUGUCUGUAUAUGUUGUAAUACUUAUAUAAUAAUUCUAUAUUAUAUUUAGACAAUAGUUAAACUAGACUAUUUUUGGGCUCUACUAUAUUGUUGUUAGAAUUAUUAGUAUUGUUAAAGGCAUGUCAUAGUUUCUAUGUAAAUAGUUACUAAUAUAUAAAAAUAAAUGUUUAAUAGUUCAGAUGUGUACAAAUACCAUUUUGAUUUUGAUCAUUAUAGAUCUGUUUUUACAUUCGAGAGUGAUGUACAAAUUAAUGAAUUCUUGUUAUUAUAAAGCUCAAUAAUAUUUUCAUUUUACAUGUUAUAUUUAAUGAUUUUUGUUCAACUUUGUUGAAUUAUUUUAAGCUAAGUGUCGUUUUUUGUUUUAUAUAAACAGAGGCGAUUCGUACUUAUUUUUUUAAUAUACAAAUAACGGUAUUCUUUAGUAUUUUUAAAUUGUUUCAUUAUUGUUUAUAUUUAUUUAGAAACUUUAUGUUAUUAUUAUUAUUUUAAGUAUGACAGAUAAGCAACACUUAAUAUGUAAGUGAAAAAAUAAUAAUUUUAAUUAUUAUCGUUAAA